CGACAACUCAUCCCAUCCCACCUCAUAUUCUGCCUCUCGCGUCGGCGCCGACGCCCGCCUCGACUUCCUCCGAAAAGGCUCAGCGCAGCCCUCCCCUCCCCCCCUCAUGUCCGCCCUCCGCACCGCCCGCGCGAUCGCGCGUGUCCACCGCCUCGCCACUCCGGCUAGGACAUUUACGGCCGCGCGUGCGCUCCAGAAGCAGGCUGAGCCGGUCAACAACGAGCCCAUCCCCUUCAAGGAGGCACCGCAGUUCCCGGCCCCCGUCGACCCGUUCAAUCCCGGCACGGCCCAGCCAAAGCCUGCGGGCGAGUACUCGGAGACGACCAAGAACCUCGUGCGCGGCGUCGCCAAGCUGCUGGGUUACAACAGCAAGGCGUCGACGGCGAUUCGCGAGACGGGACGCAUGAUGCGCGGCAUUGUUACGGCAGUUGAGAAGGAACGGAGCUUCUGGUACGAUGAAUGCCAGCUCCCAGCAACAUACCAGACCUUCUUCCAGCUGCACCUCCUUUACGUGCUUGUGCUGGUGAUCCGCCUGCGCGCGCUCCGCUCGUCGCGCCCCGACGCUUCUCCCAUCCCCGAACCUCUUGAGCCCGGGACACCGACGCACGCCGCCUCCUCCCCCGCGGGCUUCACGCUCGGCAAGCCCGCGCACGAGGCAUACCCCACCGAGUUCUUGAACCACUUUUUCGAGCUCGCCGAGAGCCAGAUGCGCAUCGUCCUCGGCAAGGGCGAGCGCGAGCGCGUCAUCCGCAAGUACAUGGACGAGAUGGGCGAGCAGUGGAAGGGCGCCGGCCUCGGUCUCGACUUCAUCCUCGGCUUGAGCAUUAGCGAGGACCCGGCGGAGCGCGCGCUGAGCGACCCCGAGCUCGCGAGCUGGGUGUGGCGCAACCUGUUCCAGAGCAAGGGGAUUACGCCGGGCGAGGGCGACGAGCUCGCGUUCGCACCCCAGCUGGAGAAGGUUGUGCUCUUUGUGCGCCGCGAGCUGGCCCGCCUCGACGCGAUCAGCGACGCCGACGUGCUCGACGGCAACAUUGGCGAGUGGGGGCCAGUGAACCAGGCGCCGUAGACCACGAAUCACUCCAUCCACCCGCCACAUACGCCACUCAGACACAGCAUCCGGGCGAUUCUCGCCCAACGCACCUCUCCAUAGACACCUGUACACCUAGAGUGCAUACUUAAGCAUGAUUAUGAGCGG